AGGAAACGGGGCCUGGCUGCCGAAGCGGCCUCCGCUAGGGGGCUACGGCGGGAGGAUUCCCGGGGGGCGUCGCCUGCUUCCGCCGCCGCCUCCUUCAGUGAAAGUCUCUUUUGGGUCCAGCUGUCACAGCCACCGCGCUCCCUCAGGCCGGGCGGGGGACACCCCAGGUCUGCGUGGCCCCCGUGCCGCCACGCCCAGUGGCCGCCCGAGCCCUGCGAGCAGGGGGAGGAGCCGCCGCCAGUGGAGGCGGAGGAGGUAGAGGAGGCGGAGACGGCGGAGACGGCGGAGAAGGCGGAGAGGAAGGUGGAGGCGGAGGCGAAGGUGGAGGGGAAGGUGGAGGCGGCCGGGAAGGUGGAGGCGGCGGGGAAGGUGGACACCGCCGGGAACGUGGAGACAGCGGAGGGUCUGGGCCGCCAGGCUGAGCUCAAGCUGGAGCCCGAACCCGAGCCCGUACCGGAGGCGGAGCAGGAGCCGAAGGGGGAGCCGAAGCAGGAGCUGGAGGAUGAGAACCCAGCGCGGAGCGGCGGUGGCGGCAGCAGCGACGAGGUUCCUCCCCCCACCCUUCCCUCCGAACCCCCGCGGCCCCCCGAUCCCUCUCCGCGGCGCAGUCGUGCCCCCCGCCGCCGACCCCGGCCGCGGCCACAGACCCGGCUCCGUACCCCGCCGCAGCCUAGGCCACGGCCCCCGCCCCGGCCCCGGCCCCGGCGCGGCCCUGGGGGCGGAUGCCUGGAUGUGGAUUUCGCUGUAGGUCCACCAGGCUGUUCCCACGUGAACAGCUUUAAGGUGGGAGAGAACUGGAGGCAGGAACUGCGGGUGAUCUACCAGUGCUUCGUGUGGUGUGGAACCCCAGAGACCAGGAAAAGCAAGGCAAAGUCGUGCAUCUGCCAUGUGUGUGGCACCCAUUUGAACAGACUUCACUCUUGCCUUUCUUGUGUCUUCUUUGGCUGCUUCACAGAGAAACACAUUCAUGAGCACGCCGAGACAAAACAACACAACUUAGCCGUAGACCUUUAUUAUGGAGGUAUAUACUGCUUUAUGUGUAAGGAUUAUGUAUAUGACAGAGACAUUGAGCAAAUUGCCAAAGAAGAGCAAGGAGAAGCUUUGAAAUUACAGGCCUCCACCUCAACCGAGGUUUCUCACCAGCAGUGUUCAAUGCCAGGACUCGGUGAGAAAUAUCCAACCUGGGAGACAACCAAACCCGAGUUAGAACUUCUGGGACACAACCCAAGGAGAAGAAGAAUCACCUCCAGCUUUACCAUCGGUUUAAGAGGACUAAUCAAUCUUGGCAACACGUGCUUUAUGAACUGCAUCGUCCAGGCCCUUACCCAUACUCCGAUCCUGAGAGAUUUCUUCCUGUCCGACAGGCACAGAUGUGAAAUGCCAAGUCCUGAGUUGUGUCUGGUCUGUGAGAUGUCUUCGCUUUUUCGGGAGUUGUAUUCUGGAAACCCAUCUCCUCACGUUCCUUAUAAAUUACUGCACCUGGUAUGGAUACACGCUCGUCACUUAGCAGGAUACAGGCAACAGGAUGCCCACGAGUUCCUCAUUGCCGCGUUAGAUGUCCUGCACAGGCACUGCAAAGGUGAUGAUGCCGGGAAGGCUGCCAACAAUCCCAACCACUGUAACUGCAUCAUAGACCAAAUCUUCACAGGUGGCCUGCAGUCUGAUGUCACCUGUCAAGCCUGCCAUGGCGUCUCCACCACCAUAGACCCAUGCUGGGACAUCAGUUUGGACUUGCCUGGCUCUUGCACCUCCUUCUGGCCCAUGAGCCCAGGGAGGGAGAGCAGUGUGAAUGGGGAAAGCCACAUACCAGGAAUCACCACCCUCACGGACUGCUUGCGAAGGUUUACAAGGCCAGAGCACUUAGGUAGCAGUGCCAAAAUCAAAUGCGGUAGUUGCCAAAGCUACCAGGAAUCUACCAAACAGCUCACGAUGAAUAAAUUACCUGUUGUUGCCUGUUUUCAUUUCAAACGGUUUGAACACUCGGCCAAACAGAGGCGCAAGAUCACUACAUACAUAUCCUUUCCUCUGGAGCUGGAUAUGACACCAUUUAUGGCCUCGAGUAAAGAGAGCAGGAUGAAUGGACAGUUGCAGCUGCCAACCAAUAGUGGAAACGAUGAGAAUAAGUAUUCCUUGUUUGCUGUGGUUAAUCACCAAGGAACCUUGGAGAGUGGCCACUACACCAGCUUCAUCCGGCACCACAAGGACCAGUGGUUCAAGUGUGAUGAUGCCGUCAUCACCAAGGCCAGUAUUAAGGACGUUCUGGACAGUGAAGGGUAUUUACUGUUCUAUCACAAACAGGUCCUGGAACAUGAGUCAGAAAAAGUGAAAGAAAUGAAUACACAAGCCUACUGAAGUGACACAGACCUACCUGUAAUGGAAGAUGACAACACCUAUACUACAACUGGCUUCGAGAUUUAAAGGACCUACUUGCAUGGCCCAUGGGCCUGACAGAGUAAGAAUUGAACAGUACCCAGUGUCUAAAAGGUCCUGGUUGGAAGAGAAGUAGACAGGGUGGGAGAAGAGGCUCUAGUCUAAACAGUCACUUAAAGGAGAAUUCAAUGGCAGGAAUGCUCUAGGUGGGGAAGGCAGGAGCAGGGAAAUCCUGACACUGGUACAUAUCCUAUAUUCCUCCAAAAGAUUGUGUGGGAAA